AUGAAACCAAAUGCCAAGAAGCCUUCCCGUGUAAUUGUUGAGAAAUAUUACACCAAGCCGACCAGUGACUUCCACACAAACACAGACAACUAUGUACCAGAACUUUUUGCUCUUGAGCUGGAGAUUCUUGAAGCUGAUGCAGAUACCAAAGAGAUGUUCAAGGUCACCCAGCCUACUCCUGCUUUUGUUGGAGGAAGGGCACAUACAACUGGUUUGAGGACAUAA